UUACUCGUCCUCCUCACUUGUCCCUCUUCCGCUGCACUCCACGAGACAAUUCCCCGCCGCGACCAACAACUGGCACGCCUGCUGGUCGCUCGGCGAAAUGCCGCUCAAGCACUUCGACCUCGAGAUAGCCUCCCGGGAGCUGGUCGUGGCGUCGCGCCGCCCGCCGGGAUUCCCCGCCGUCCUCGCCGUAUCCAACCUCGACCUCAUCCUCGGCCCCUUCCCCAUGUACCUCGUCAGCGUCUACGCUGCCCCGCCUGGCGGCGUCGGCGCUGUGCUGUCCGCCGUCCGCGCCGCGUUCCGGUCGUACCUCUCUCGCUUUUUCCCCUUCGCCGGCCGCGUCGUCCGGGACCCUGUCACGAAUAUCCCCGAGAUUGUCUGUAACAACGCCGGGGCCGAGCUCGUCGUGGCCGACGCCGCCGUCCCGCUCGCGGCGGUUGACUUCAGAGACCCCGACCGGUCGACCGGGCUGAUGCAUGUUCCGUUCGAGGCGAGCCUCCCCUUGUCGCUGCAGCUCGUGCGGUUCGCGUGCGGGGGGUUCUCGCUGGCGGUGGGCACGAGUCACCUCCUCGUCGACGGCAGGGCGUACAUCUUGCUGCUCAACGCCUUGGCGGAGAUGCUCCGAGAGGGAAGCCUCUGCCUCUCCCGCGAGCCCUUGCUCGAUCGAUCCAUUUUCAGGCCGCGGUCGCCGCCGCGGUUCAGCCCGUCGCUGGACGCGGAGUUCGCGAGGUUCACGCCCGCCACCAUGAUCAAUCCCCUCAUGGCCGCGGCAAUCCAGCGGCGGAUGUACCGCAUCGAGGCGGCCGACCUCGAGGGUCUCCAGAAGGCGGCGUCGGCCGGCGGCCGCCGCGCCUCCCGCUUCGUGGCGCUCUGCGCGCACGUGUGGAAGCUCCUCGCGCGCGCCGUCGGUGACUCCGACCCCAACUGCCGGAUGGCGUGGAUCGUCGACGGCCGGAAGGCCCUCGAGCCGUCGGUCGGCGGGGAGGGCGCCCUGGACCGGUACAUGGGGAACGUGAUCACCUACACCUCCCGCGAGGUGAGCGUGGAGGAGGUACUGCGCAUGCCGCUGCACGGUGUGGCCGCCAUGGUGCGCGAGUCCAUCACGCCGGUGAUGACCAAGGACAGGUUCCAGGAACUGGUAGACUGGAUGGAGACGAACAAGGCGGCGUUCAAGGACGGCGGGAAGUGGACGGAGUCGGUGAACCUCGGGCUCGGGAGCCCGGCACUCGUGAUCUCCGGCCUGCUUCCGUUCCCCAUCGACGGCGACCUGGGAUUCGGCAAGCCAAGGCUGGUCAUGCCGUGGGUGCGGCACGGCAGGCUGGGGUCGGCGUCGAUGACGGCAGUGCCCACCCCGGCCGGCGACGGGUCGUGGUUCAUCUCCGGCACGAGGAUGUGGCCGCGGCUGUUGGAGGUGGUGGAAUCCGCCCCGGAUUGCUUGCUGAAGCCGGUGACCGCGGCGAGCCUGGGGUUCGCUUCCGCCGCCGCCGCCCACGGUUCCCGGUUGUGAGCUCUCGAUUUGGCAGUGUUUGCUUGUAAUUUAGAUGAAUCUUUGAGAACAAUUCGAAAAUUCAAAACCACGUGU